AUGGAGCAUCAAACACGUGGGAAGGAAUCUGUGGAGGAGGAGAUGGAGUUUUUGUCAAAUUAAAUUAAGAAUAUGCAAAUAAAAUAAGAAUAAUUGGAGAGUCAACAUUAUUAACUAAGUACAAAUGUUAAGAAGAUCAAUCUCGAAAAGAAACAUUAGGUGCAAGUAAGGAAUAGGAAUGUAAUUAAUUAAGGGAAGCAGUUAGAUGAUAAAAAAAUUGGAUUACAUAAUUGA